AUGUCUCAGUCUCGUCUUUUCAAGCCUCUGAAGAUAGGCCCUAUCGAAAUUGCGCAUCGUAUAGCAAUGGCUCCUCUCACUCGUUUGCGAGCGACUGAAGACCGCGUACCAACACCCUUGAUGAAAGAAUACUACAGUCAAAGGGCAGCCGUUCCCGGCACCCUGAUCAUCACUGAAGGAACUUUCAUCUCAGCAACCUGUGGUGGAUAUCCUCAUGCACCCGGCCUCUGGCGAGAAGACCAAAUCGCCGCUUGGAAGACUAUAACCGACGAAGUUCACGGCAAAGGAUGCUACGUAUUCUGUCAAUUGUUCGCGAUGGGUCGUGCUGCCAAUGCCGAGGUAGCUCGAACGGAGGGCGUACCCAUCGUAGCACCUUGUGCCAUUCCGAUUGAGGAAAGCGCCGUGGUGCCUGAAGCUAUGACUGCGGAUGAGAUCAAGCAAACCAUUCAUAAUUUCGUGUUCGCUUCGAAGAACGCCAUCCGAGCGGGAUUUGAUGGUGUCGAGAUCCACGGUGCAAAUGGGUAUCUGCUUGACCAGUUCAUUCAAUAUGCCAGCAAUCAACGUCAAGAUGAGUACGGGGGAAAUGUGGAGAACAGAUCUCGCAUGCUCAAUGAUUUGAUCAAGUCUGUUGUCGAUGCUAUCGGUCCUCAACGGGUCGGCCUUCGUCUAAGCCCCUGGUCUACAUUCCAGGGUAUGAGAAUGGAGGAUCCUAUUUCACAAUCUACGGACAUCAUCCAAAAGGCUAUCCAAGCAGAUAUCGCAUAUCUUCACCUCGUCGAAUCACGAAGCGCAGAGACUUGUCGAAAAAACUAUCCUGACAAGAAUAUCGUGGUCAUAUUCGGACGUUAUUUUAUUUCCAACCCGGACCUUGUGUACAGAAUGAAGGAGGGUCUGGAGCUCAGUGUGUAUCACAGAGAUACAUUUCUAUGCCGUCAAUUCAGCAGUGGGAUAUUGGGAUUAUCCAUUCAGCGAAAGGUAUCUGGCAAGUAG